ACAUUCCUGUGUAUAAGGCGUCGCUCCGCCCGUCCCUCUGGCAGACGCUGAUCUCUGGUGUACACAAUGCAGGAGAAAGUCUCUGCCGUCCUCUCGGGGCACCUCCUGGAGUGUAAGCUCUUGGGCACCGCCGCCUGCGUCUUGGCUGCCACCAUAUAUGGCCUGAGAUGGAGGAAAAGAUGGGUGAUCCUGAAAAGAAUGGAGGAGGAGAAGAAGAGGAGAGAGGAGAGCGAGAGGAGGAUGAGGAAGGCAGUGGAGGCUUAUCACCAGCAGAAUCCUGGAGUGGAUGGCGGGAAGAUCCUGGAGCUGACGGUACCGGAGCUGAGCGAGAAGCUGAAGGACGGGACCCUGACCCCCGAGAGUGUCCUCUACUCCUAUAUAGAGAAGGCUUUACAAGUGAACGCUGACCUGAAUUGUGUGACGGUUUUCCUGAAUGACUUUGAAUCUCAGCUGAAGGAUCUGAGGGAGAGGAGGGUGAGGGGCCCCCUGUUUGGCAUCCCGGUCUCCAUAAAGGAACAUGUUGGUUAUCAGGGUCACCCCUCCACCUGUGGUCUGGUUCAGUAUCUGGAUGUCGUGGAGGAGGAGGACAGCGUCAUUGUCAAGGUCCUUAAGAAGCAGGGUGCCAUCGUGUUCGCCAAGACUAAUCUUCCCCAGUCUGUGUUAUGUUGUGAGACCAGUAACCCCAUAUAUGGAUACACCUUAAACCCCCAUAACCAGGCCAAGGGGCCCUCAGGAUCCUCUGGGGGGGAGGGGGCACUGAUUGGUGGAGGAGGCUCCAUUCUUGGCAUUGGCACAGACCUUGGUGGCAGCAUCCGUCUCCCGGCCAGUUCCUGUGGCAUCGCUGGAUUCAAGCCGACUACAACCAGACUGAGGUGAGGAGCAGGAAGCCCA